AUGAUGCAAAAAGCCCUACUUGCAGAAUACCCCCAGGCUAUUCCCCUGGCGUUCAAUUUGUGGGCAGAGUCAAAGGUGAGCAUCGAUGAAACUUACCACAUGAUGCCCAUCUCAGCAGUAAGAAGCACUUUGGGUGCCGUCGGAGAAAAGCCGAGCUGGCCCGACAGUUUCCCCCUUCUUAAGCAUUGGCUGCAGUUCGUGUACAAGCACCGAUCUGAAGAUGCCGGCUUUAGUGAUGGUCAAGUGAUCGACGUGUUGCGAAGAAACCGACAUGUUGCGGAGGUGGUGCAUUUUCUGGACUGGCUCCGAAAUGAACCUGAUAUGAAGAUGGAGGCUUUCGUUCUCCUACCGACGCUAGCUGUGAAGCUAUCGAAGUCGGCAGAGUUGGAGCCGUUAUUCGGUGCGUGGCUAAAGCUAAAGGUGAAUCCUGUAGAAGCUUACCACAGGAUGGGCAUCUCAGGAGAGAAAAGGUUUGGGUAUGUCUUAUCUAUGAUCAAGGAUUGGGUAUAUUAUCUACGCAAGUACCGAUCUGAAGUCGGCGGCUUUGGCGACGAUCAAGUGGUCCAAGUGCUAACGGACGAUCGAGAUAGGGUCGAUUGUCUGAAGAUUUUCAUGUGGCUUCGAUUCCUACCAGGCAUGAAAGAAGACGCCGACCUUUUUCAAAGGAGUCUCAUUUUGGGAUCAUCUGAUCCAGCUGAAAUGCUGCAGCUGGUGUUCGAUGUGUGGCAGAAAUCAAAGGUGAGUCCUGAGGAAGUGUACAAAGUGGUGCCGAUCUCAACAGAAGAUGGCACUUUCGGUACACUCCGGGAGGGCUCAGAUCCACCCAUCACCUAUCGCUUGCAUAAGUGCUGGGUAAGGUAUUUAGGCAAGCACCAAUCUGAAGUUGACGGCUUCGGCGAUGAUAAAGCUAUCGGUAUCUUGUUAAAAGAUCGACCUGAUGUUGGCGAGGUGGUGAAUUUUCUGAAUUGGCUUCGAGACGAACCUGGCAUGAAAAUGCACGCUGACCUUUUGCAAAGGGCCCUCAUCGCGCGAUUUUGGGAGUCCGCAAAAAUAUUGGAGCUGGUGUUUGGUGCGUGGCAGAAAACAAAAGUGAGUUUUGAUGAAGCUUACCACAUGAUGCCCAUCUCAGCAGUAAGAAGCACUUCUGGUGCCGUCGGAGGGAAGCCGAGCUGGCGCGACAGCUUCCCCUUUCUCAAGCAUUGGCUGCAGUUCAUGUACAAGCACCGAUCUGAAGAUGCCGGCUUUAGUGAAGGUCAAGUGAUCGACGUGUUGCUAAGAAACCAAAAUGUUGUGGAGGUGGUGGAUUUUCUGAUUUGGCUUCGAAAUGAAUCUGGAAUGAAGGCCUGUGCUGACCUUCUGCUAAAGACACUAUUUUUCAAGCUCUCGGAAUCUACAAAGGAAUUGAAGCUGGUGUUCGUUGCAUGGCAGAGAAAUAAAGUCAGUCUUGAUGACGCUUACCACAUGCUGCCCAACUCAGCAACGCAAAACCUUGGUGGCGACGCGGGUCUGCAGUCAAGCUCGUCUGGCGACUUCGGUGUGCUCAAGGCAUGGCUGGAUCACUUGUACAAGCUCCCAGGUGACAACCUUCGCGAUGAUCGAGUGGCUGAGCUGUUGGUCAGCAACCGACCUAAAGCCGAGUUGGAGAAAUUGUGUGAGGUGCUUAAUUAUCAACCGAAGACAAGGAAACUGGCUGUCACACUAAAAAAAAAGGUAGCUUUGAGAUGGCCGGUUUUGUAA